GUGUUGAAUCUGAUGCGGAAGGGAAGUUUCUACUUCAUAUCAAUUACCAAAGAGUUGUAAGUUGGUCGGCGGAAAACCCGGCAGUUCGUAAUCCGCUCUCGUGCCGCAUUGACCAAGUCGACUGAUUUUGAAAUAAUUUUCCAAUUUUUUCUAAUGCAGUGCUUUCAUUAAAAAAAAAAAAAUAGUCUACACCUCUAAUUUUACAAAAUUUAAUAAUUUUGUAAUUAUUAUCUUUUAUUAUAUUGGAAACGUGAUCUAUAAAAAAGAAUUCAGAGGAUUAAGAGAGUUAAACGAAUUUCAGUAACUCUGCAGAUUUAAGGAUUUUAGAAAAGUCAAGGAAUUCAUAGAAAUCCGAUUAUUAAAGAAAUUCUGGAUAUUUGAAGAAAUUCAAUGAUUUCAGGAAAAUCAGCAAUUUUCAGAUGUUUGAACAAUUCCAUUAUUUUUGCUGGAACUAAUUAAAAAAAUAUCCAAAUAGAAAUGGAGUUUUUUACUCGCUUUUUCAUGAUUUUGCUAAAAAUUAUAUCAAAAAUAUUGCAACCUAUUUAUUGGCAUCUGAAUCGUGAACAGCCACCAGAUCUUCCACCACUAAAAAAUCCACUUUUUUUCCUAAGUGCUACAGAAUUAGCAAAGAAAAUAAGAAACAGAGAGAUUUCCAGCGAGGCAGUUGUAGAAGCUUUUAUUGAACGAAUAAAAGCAGUAAAUCCACAAUUAAAUGCUGUCAUUGAAAAUCGAUUCGAAGCAGCUAUUAGAGAUGCAAGAGCUUGUGACAAAAAGUUGGAGGCUGGAGAGGUCAGUAUCUCAACAUUAGAAGUGGAGCAACCGCUUUAUGGUAUUCCAUUCACCGUUAAAGAAGCUUGUGGACUAAAAGGUAAAAUAAAAAAAUUAAUCAAAGAAAAAAUAGCGUGCUUGAGGAGAGGACGAGUGAAUAUUCGCUCGCACCCUGUUAGUAAAGUGGCUAUGUUUCCAGUGUUUCUUUGCGACGUUGGUGCUAUAAUUGGUGCAGGCGCAUCGCUAAUUGGAAUUGGUUCAGAUAUAGCCGGUUCCAUAAGGGUACCAGCUCUCUUUAAUGGAAUAUUUGGUCAUAAGCCCUCGCCUGGUAUAAUCCCUAUUAAAGGACAUUUCCCACUAUCAACUUCCCCUACGUUUCAAAAAUAUUUGGUCUUGGGACCUAUGACUAGAUACGCUGAGGAUCUUAUUUUAGCCAUGAAAAUUAUGACUAAAAAUUGUAAAGAGAAUUUACGGUUGGAUGAGCCCGUGGAUUUUAGAAACUUAAAUGUAUAUCAUAUAGAAGAAUUCACGAGAAGCAUUGGGGACCAGCCAGUAACCGGUGAUAUUAAAAAUAGUAUUAAAAAGGCUUCUCAAUUUUUUCAAAAAAGAGGUGCUACUGUCGGGCAGGCAAAGUUUGACAACCUAGAUAUUAUUUUCGAAAUAGUGAUAUCAAUGUUUUUCUGCAUGGACGAUAUGCCCAAAAUUUUGUUGAACCCAAGUGAUCCAAAACAUGAAGUAAAUCCAUGGGCCGAAAUAGCAAAAGCUCUCUUUGGAUUAUCCAAUUAUACCAAAAAUACAAUUAUGAUGAAACUCUUGCAGGAUACUAACGGAUUUGUCCCUGAUUCAAAAACGCGUUACUAUGCAAAAAAAAAUGAAGAAUUGAAAAUCGCAAUGGAGAAUAUGCUUGGAACUAGCGGCGUUUUAUUAGUUCCAUCAUUUACAAGCCCAGCUAUUGUACAUAAUAAAUCGUUUCUGAAUUUCACGGCAGCAAGUUACUGUUUGAUAUUUAAUAUUUUUGGAUUUCCGUCAACCCAAGUUCCUAUGGGAUUAAACAGUGAGGGUCUACCAAUCGGAUUUCAGGUGGUUGCUAAUCGAAAUCAAGACAGAUUAUGUUUGGCUGUUGCAAAGGAGCUAGAAAGAGGUUUUGGUGGAUGGGUUCCGCCAAGCUAACUUCCACCAAUUUUAUAUAUUUUUAUAUUUUCUUUUUUCAGAAUUCAAAUAAAAUGUAUACCAAAGUAAA